AUGCUGCUUUUGAUAUUUUUAGCAUUAGCAUCCUCAUUACGAAUUCAGAAAAACUUUGCCAUAUCAAAUAUUGAGAGGACAGUGUCAUUAACUGAUAGAUACGUCAGCAUCCAAUCCAAAAUUACUUUUUAAAAUGAUGGAGUAAUUCCAAUUGAAAAGGUUUAUUAUACAAUCCAUAAUGUAUUGGCAGAUAGACUAUAUCAUGUCAAUAUAGAGGAGUGCAAUGCAAAAAAACUGAUUGAAGACGUGGACGUGAAAUACAAAUAGAAUGCCACAGUCUAUGAAUUCACCUUGAAUAAGCCAAUAGAGCCUAGCUCCACUUUAGAAGUAGAAUUAAGUGAACAAUUUUAUAAAAGAUUUAACCCAUUACCAAAAGAAAUCGGAUUAGAGGAUGAGCAAUUAGUCUAAUUCUUGGAUUCAGUCUAUUUCUUCACUCCUUAUCUAGUAAAGAAUCAAAUCACUUACUAUGAAACUCCUAAAAUUAUUUCUUACACACUAAAAUCGGCAAUUCAAAGAAACUAACUUCUAGAAUUUGGACCUUACUAGGAUGUUAAGCCUUAUACUACAUAAAUUCACACAAUUCAUUUAGAGAAUAACACACCAAUGACUAUUUUUACAAAGGCUUCUAAGAUUGUAGAGGUCUCUCAUUGGGGUAAUAUUUUAAUCGAAGAAAAUUAUUCAAUUGAAAAUCAAGGUGCCAAAUUAAAAGGAGAAUUCGGAAGAGUCAAUUUCAAUAAAUACAAUCCAAAUGUGGGCAAACACUCUUUGAAAUAAUUGUCAGCCUCACUCCCAUAUGAUUCUUGGGGUGUUUAUUACAGAGAUGAAAUUGGAAACAUUUCCACAUCAAAUGCUGCUAAAGGGAAACUUAAUGGGGAAAACUAAGCCUUAGUCUAAUUAAGACCUAGAUUUGCAAUAUUUGGAGGAUGGAGAAGUAAUUUUACCUUAGGAUACAAUUUACCAACCAAAAAAUAUUUAGAACAAGAUGGAAACAAUUUUAGACUCACACUAAAUUUCUCCUUCUCUGUAAAGGAGGUGGUGUCUGAUAAAUAUACCUUCUAAAUUUCCUUACCUGAAGGAGCUUAUGAUAUCCAAGUUGAUCUACCUUUGUAAGUGGAAAGGAAUGACACACUAUUGUUUUCUUACUUUGAUACAGUAGGUAGGCCAACCAUAAUUUUGAAUAAGGCAACUACAAGUCAAUAUGAUAAUAAGCAGAUUAUUAUCACUUAUCGACUUUCUGGAACAUCGAUUUUGAGGGAACCUUUAAUGAUUUUCGGAACCUUUUUAUUUGCAUUUCUGUCUAUAAUAUAUUUAAGAAGAUUAGAUUUAUAGACUUUAAAAUUAAAAGAGUGA